UUCAUUUAUAACUGUUUCCCUUUUUUUCUUGUUUCUUUUUGUUCCCUCGAUUCCAUCCUUCCUCGCUGCUUCCAUCUUUUCUUGUGGCUACUUUUCAUCCCACCUGUCACUGUGCCCUUUUCCCCUUAUUUAUUUCUUUAUUUUCUUGCUUCCUUCUAUCCUUUAUUUUCCUCCAAUCGUAACUCAUCUGAUCUGAAAGCAUUAAAAUCCCCCAAACCAGGGGAAAAAACACUGCGUGUUAAUUCUUACUUGUAAUGACACUCUCUCUGAAGGAUUUCAGUCUUUCUCUGCACACAGUGAGGCUUUAACAGUUUUUUGAGGCCAAGCGGCUACUAAACUAUGAUUAAUGGCAGAGGUGCUUCAGUAACCAGCAACAGUCUUAUCUCCUCAACACACACAGCUUGGCCGCCCUGGAACAUUAUCUACGCAGUGCAACCCUCGUGCCCAACUUGCACGCUAACACACAUACACACUCACAGAUUUGCUGCAUAGUGGCCGAGACAGGAACCCACACACUUCAGUACAGUACACACUGAGAAACACACACACACACACACACACACACACUGGGUCCAAUUUGGAGGGAGAUAAAAGGAAGAGCAGAAGAGGGAAGCAGUGAGAGAGUCUGAGAAACAGGAAAUCAAUCAGGCAGAAAUGUACUGAACUAAAACAGAAAUCUAUCCUCAAACACUAAAUAAUACAGAACACACUCAGACAUUGGACCCAAAAACAACCCUCACUGGUAUCCAGACCUUAAAAACAGCCUCUGACUUCACAGACAAAAAUGUGUCUGUCCCUUUAAGAAACAUGACACAGGAAGAAACUGAAAGUGAACAACUUUUCUGGGAAACCACCAGAAUCUCCACCGUUAAUAUUUCUCCUUCCCAGACCAACACAGACAGACAAAUGGCCUCCAGCAACAGUCUUUUAUCUGAGGAUCAGUUUCUUUGUCCCAUCUGCCUGGAUGUGUUCACUCGCCCAGUUUCCACUCCAUGUGGACACAACUUCUGCAUGUCCUGUAUCUCAUCUUACUGGGACGAUACACCAGUCAGCCAGUGUCCAGUCUGUAAGGAGACAUUUGAGAGGAGACCGGACCUCAGGGUCAACACUUUCAUCUCAGGGCUUGCAUCGCAGUUCAUGUCGCUUCAAGUGACAGACUCUCACAUCUGGAGCCCGGACCAACAGCAGGCUCGCUGUGGUGGAGCGGUGCUGUGUGAUAUUUGCACUGACACCCAGCAAGAGGCUGUCAAAUCCUGUCUGGAGUGUCUGACUUCUUACUGCGACGUCCAUCUAGAGCCUCAUCACAGAGCUGCCGGCCUGAAGAGACACACACUGGUUGACCCCUUGGCGAGCCUGCAGGACAGGAUCUGCAAGGAGCACGCCAGAUGCCUGACGCUGUUCUGUAUAGACGAUGGGGUUUUGCUGUGUGACGUCUGCGCCGGUUUGCGCCACAUCAACCAUGACGUCACUUCUCCGCGGCAAGCUUAUGAGGAGAAGAAAGCUUUGCUGGGGGACACUGAGGCCAAAGUGCAGCAGAUGAUCCAGGAGAGGCUGCAGAAGGUCCGAGUCAUGAAGGAGUCAGUAGAACAAAGCAAGACAGAAUCCAAGGAGGACUUGAUGAGACUGGUGUCUGGCAUCCAGAAGUGCCAGACGGAGCUUGUGAAGGUGAUGGAGGAGAAGCAGAAAGCAGCAGAAGAACAGGCAGAUGGGUUUAUUAGCAGUAUGGAGCGAGAGAUAACCGAGCUGCAGAGGACAACAGUGAAGCUGAGGGAGCUGAAACAGACUGAAGACCAGCUUUGUUUCCUCCAGAGUUUCCCAAACCGAUCCAUCCUACCACACACAAUGGACUUGUCCACAUUAAGUUUAAACAGACAAGCGGAGAUACACCACGUACAGAAAUCUUUGAACAAAUCAGUGUCUCAGCUGCGAAUGUUACUGGAUAAAAUGAACACAGUAAUACAAAAACUCUCUGACGGCACAGACGUGUCAAACGAUGCUACGCUGGAAUACGUGCAGCAGUAUGAAGUGGACGUUGUGCUCGAUCAUGAUACCGCUCACCCUUUGCUCAUUUUAUCUGACGAUGGGAAACAGGUGAGAUACAGCAUGGAUUCAGCUUUGUGGGUAAACCCGACCCUGAGCCAGAACACGUUUACUGUAGAUCUUGCAGUUCUGGGACAGAGAGGCUUUGGACAUAGCUUUUACUUCGAGGUGUUUGUGGGCGGAAAGACAGAGUGGUGUCUGGGUGUGGCCAAGGCGUCAAUCCAAAGGAGGGAGGCGGUUGUUCGGAGCCCUCAUCGUGGACUCUGGGCCAUCUGGUUCCUAAAGAAUAAGUUCGAAGCCUUCAGUUCUCCAAAUGUGCGGGUAUACUCUGGGAAAGUGGAGCGGGUCGGCGUGUUUGUGGAUUACAACGGAGGGCAAAUUUCUUUCUAUGACGUACAGACAGCAACACUCAUUCACUCGUUCACUGGGUGUGUCUUUACUGAAAUACUGCAUCCGUACUUUAAUCCUUGUGACAAUGAAUAUGGUUCAAACUUGGGGCCGAUGAUAAUUGUUCCUGUCAAUCCUACGGAGUGAGCUGUGGGUUAUUUACUAAAAUGCAAGUGAUGUGUUUGAUUGCAUAUAAAACUCUUCAUAUUCAAGAGCAGUUUUUUUUUCUUCGCAAAGCUCCUCCUAAAGUUCCUUUCCUGAUUUCUGUGUCUGCUGUAUCUCAGUGUGCCUUAAAUUGAAACUGCCAUGUCAUAUAGGAAAAAAAUAUAUUUGUAUACAUCAUAACCUUGAUUAAUUAUUUAGUUCAAGACAAUGUAAAGUGGAGGGAAUAAACAGAAGAGCUUAGAGAAACUGGUGGAGGGGAAAGUAGAGUGUGCAGAUUACAACUAUGUGAGUUUAUGUGGUGUUGUUUAGGUCUGGUGUGGUUGCAGAAAAUACUUAGUAAUUGUUAUUUUAAAGAGAAAAAUAUGAUUUUAUCUACAGACACAAUGUUGUUUAACAAAUCAAUCUCCAGAGCUCUUCAGUGGAUGAUUAAUAUUUAAUAAAUAAACUAAAAAGAACUAA